UUGGCAGCGUGGUCGAAGGAGCGAACUUUAGCCACUUUGUGCUGAACUGUGGAAUAGUAAGCAAGUUUGGUGAGAGACCCACCUGUAUGGAGAAAAAGGAAAGAACGAAAAAGGCAGAAAUUCAUGCAAUCGCUGAAGUCGAAAAAAAAUGGAAUCGCCAACGCAAACAACACAGCUACUAGCUUGAGCUGCUAACCUCCGCGCUUGUGCCGAGAUUGUUUGGAUUAUCGGACAAAUUGGUCGUGUUAGUGAGAUUGAAAAGAAGCAUCUUGGUGUUAUCUGGUGGGGAGAUUGUUGUGUUAAAAAGCAGCCUGCUGUCACACUGACUUUCACUUGUGCCCUCGGUCCGUGAACGCAACACACGUAUUUUGCUCAAUUUCUUUUAGCCGAAUAGCGUUAAACGCGAAAGUAAACGUCCACCUUUUCGGGUACCUAUGUCUAUGGCGAAGCGCUUGGCGUUCUCCAAGUUUCGGAAUAUUUCGUCUGGAGGCAGAGUGAUGCUUUUAUCCAUGGUAUGAUGACGGCUGGCGUCGCUUCUGUCAACUUGGCUACAUUCCGCCAUAGUCGACGACGUGAUGACGUCGAGAAGGACGUGCGUCCAUCUGGCCAAUCAGCGAACCUGCAGGGUUUGGUGGGCGAGGUCCCGAACACUGCCGCUCAAGAUGGAAAAAUAGUCCCAACAGUACGUACGUACGCUUUAAAUUACAAAUACUUGAAAAUGGUAAACGCAAAAGUGUUAUGAAUUAUAAUUGAUAUUAUUGAAUAAUGCUGUUAAUUAUGUUAUAUUACACAGCUAUAGAUACAGUGGCGAAUAAAGGGAAGUGCAAUUCUAUAUCCUAAAUAGUACUGGACUUGCAGUGUUGGGGGAGUAACUAAUUACAUAUAACGAGAUUAUGUAACUUAAUUACACCAUUUACACCAAUUGUAAUCCAUUACAUUACUGGGAGAAAAUGUGUCAUUAAAUAACAGUUGCAUUUGAAAAUUUCCAUGAUUCCAGUUUUAGUUAUAUUUGAAAAUAUGUUUGUCUCUCACAUCACUUCCUCCUUCUAAAGCCAACCGAUUGGCUCUCGUGUGGUCAUGUGCCAUUCUCACGUAGUCACAAACGUGACAUAUUUUUCCAAAGAUGACCUUGAAGCGCCACCGUGCGUGCACUGUAUUAGUUUGUCUGAGAUUUAAACACUUUUGAAGACAUAAAAGAACAUUUACGUUUGAACAGUUUCAUCUUUAUAAUUUUGUACAUUUUUAAUGGAACAUUCACUUAUCUGGUUUCUCACAUGAAGCGAUAUUGUCUAAAUUGUGCAUAUUUUUGUGCAUAUUUCUCAUUAGGUCUACAUGGUAUCAUGUUUUCCACAUGCUGUACACAUAUAAUACAACAAACACAUUGUUAUUAUGUAUUUAUAGUUCAUCAUGUUUUGUUAUCCGUUUACUAUUUGUGUAAGGAACAAAUAUACGGUUAAUUUCAAAAUAAUGAUGCGUGGUUUUAAUGCACCGUUUUGGGGGGGCAUCUAGAAGUGGCGCUCGGAAAUGAAUCAAGGCAGCGAAGCAACCGCUAUAUGGCGUUAAUGCAACACAACGGAUGCCAAACGCCGUUUAGCACCAUCGAAGAAGAAGCCAUCAGCGGAAGGGGAAAGAAAGAAGAAGAAGCAGGAAGAAGAAGAAGAAGCAGGACGAAGAAGAAGAAGAAGCAGGAAGAAGAAGAAGAAGAAGACGAUGAAGACAAAGCGACACCGCUCGUUCUCAUUUCAAUGCGGCGCGCAAGUCGCCCCCUGACACGAAGUCUCGACAUGACGGAGCGCAGACAGCCCAAUUUUUCCCAGGAGGAGACCGAUUUGCUCAUCCGGGAGGUGGAGGUGCGCAAAGAACGUUUGUACGGAACCGCAAGCAGAGCUCCGCGGCCGGAUGAUGUAAAGUUGGCUUGGAAGGAGAUCACGAGCAUUUUGAACGAAUCGAACCACGGCUUGCUGAGAACGGCAGCCCAGUACAAGAAGCGCUUCAAUGAUGUGAGACGGAGGGCCAAAAAUAAACUUUGUUGUAUCCGUAAAGAGCAGCAGGGGACGCGCGGGGGGGCCGCGGCGACCACCUCCCUCAGCCCCCUCGAGGAGCUCGUGGCUUCCAUCCCCACCGUGAGCCGAGAAGGAUUUGGCGGCGUGGAGGUCGGCAUAUCUGGACAGCCGGUGGGGAAAAAAGAUGGAUUCUUCGAACCAGCAUCUCCACCUCCAAAACUGCUCCAGCGAGGCAAAAGAAAGUCGUCCGAUGCGUCUCUACGGAGUCUCUUAUUGAUGGACGGCGGCGGGCGGCACAACGGCGCCGGGUCCUCGGCCGCGUCGGGAAAAAGUCGCGGGAGUUCCCGGGCCGCUUUGGAGUCACCCUGGUGGGAAAACAGCGUCCGCCGCAGCGUCAGCGAGUUCUUGGUCUUCUCCAGGAGCUCCGCCAGAGGGGGGCCGCGCUGCAGUACCAGCUCCUCCGGCAGGGGGCGCACUUUCUCCACGCCGCCGCUGCAUUUCCGCAGAUUGCAUCUAUAGGAGAGAAGAAGAAAUGUUCAUUCUUGUCAAGUAGGAACCCAAAUAUUAGAAACAGCUGAAUGGCUGCUCCCAAUACAUUGGCUCCCUUAUAUAGUAACACAAAAGGGAAAACGUUACGAUCGGCCCGAAUUCAGACGCAAUUUAAGCUGUUCCUAAUAUUGAGGAUUUCUCUGGUAGUUCCUCAAUAAGGGGCCCAAAACAUCACAGGCGGCCUUCAUUCCGAUGCAAUUGCAGACGUUCCUCAUAUUCUGACCCUCUCGUGGCGUUGAAUAAGGGAACCAAAUGAUGAGGAACAUCUCUACAAAAGAAAUAAAAUGCCAUUGUGAUCUUCAGCGUCCCUAAUAAAGUGACUCACCCAAAAAGCUUCUCCCCGGCGGCGUCCCGAAGAUCGACGCCGACGUGCGCAGACGUGACGCGUCACACUUUGCAAUCCGGACGUGCCGCUCGGGCAGGUCUCGUUUAUGCCCCCCCCCCCAUCCCCUCGGCCAGUGGGAGGCCGGCGCGCUGUGGCGUGGGAGGGGCAUGACAUCACUCAUUUGUCAGGUGACACUUAUUCUUUUCAGUCCUUCCUUCUUUCCUUUUCUUCUUUCAUUAACCUUUAGCCAUCCUUCUUUCAUUUCUCCCUCCUUGUUUCUAACUUCCAUCCAUCUUACCUUCUCUCAUCCGUCCAUCCUUCCUUCCAUCCACCUCGCCGUUUGUUUCCACCUUUCUUUUUAUCUUCAAUCUCUGUCUCCUUAUACUGUCUCACCCUUUUCCUCCUAUCAUUCAUUCAUUCUUUUCCUUCUUCCGUCCAUCCUUCCUUCCUUCCUUCCUUUCACCCUCCUAUCUGUCCACCUUCUAUCCAUCCUCUGUAACUUUCUCCCCUCCUUUCAUCCUCCCUCUCUCGUACUUUCUCCCUGUCUUCUUCCUUCCUGCUUUCUGUCUUCCUUUCUUUCAUCAUCCCUCCUCUCCUUUCAUCCACGCAGCUGUCCCUCUUUCCUCUCUUCCUCUUCUUUCUCACUUCCAUCUUCUGCUAUCAUUGACCCUUUUCUCGCUUUCUUUUUCACUUUCUUUCUUUCUUUAUCCAACCAUCAUUCUCCCCUGCACCUUCCUUCCUUUUUCCCACAUCUUUAUUCCCUCCCUCGUUUUCUGUCCAGCACUGACAUUUU